AUGGCUGACAUGACGCCCGAAAUGGCCUUUCUGCAGUCGCUGCAGGCCGGCGGUUCCAACGAGUACGACCCGGCCGCGACGGCGCCUGCUCAAGACGACGACGAGGACGACGAUUACGACCCUUCCAGUCUGAUGCCCGACACGAUGACGCCGACGACAUACGACCCCGCUGCCCCCUCGUCCAACGCGCCCUCGCGCACCGCCUCGGCCGCCCCCGACGCCAACUCCACCAACAAGCCCGCGGCCACCAAGCCUCCACGAACUAUGGGUGGGUUUGUCGUCGAUGAUGAGGACGACGAGGAGGAGACGACUGCUGCUCCCGUCGCGAAAGCUGGUACUACAGGUGGCUUGAGUGGAGCACCGGUUUCUUCGCAUACGCCAGAGCGUUCUGUUUCUCAGACUCCAGUCAAUGCACUUGCUUCAUCAGAUGUACCAAUACAAAAAGCUGCACAAGAUCAGGGUGUUUCAGGUGUUUCCAAUGGCGCUUCCGGCGCUGCUGCUCCCGUUCCUGCUGAUUCGUCUGCUUCCGUCAAUCAACCUCCUCCCCAGUCCCAGCAGCCGCCUGCGCCUAACGGCACCGCCGCUAAGCCGGCGACCAAGACGCGCCUGCCGCAAGACCGCGUCGGCAUCUUUGAAGACAGAAUCGCCGAGGAUCCCAGAGGUGACAUGGACGCCUGGUUGAGCUUGAUCAGCGAGUACAGGCGGAGAGACAAGCUGGACGAGGCCCGCGCCGUCUAUGCUCGUUUCUUCAAGGUCUUCCCAUCCGCAGCCGAACAAUGGGUCGCGUAUGCCAACAUGGAGCUGGAAGCUAACAACCUCUACGCCGUUGAGCGCAUCUUUGAACAAUCCCUUCUGCAGCUGCCCAACGUCCAGCUUUGGUCCACUUACCUGACGUACAUUCGUCGCCGCAACAAUCUCACCAAUGACCCGUCAGGAGCUGCUAGACAGACGGUUUCCAUGGCCUAUGACUUUGUCCUCCAGAACGUCGGAAUGGACAAGGACGCUGGGCAGCUCUGGCAGGAUUAUGUCGAUUUCGUCCGCUCCGGCCCUGGCAUGGUGGGAGGCAACACUUGGCAGGACCAGCAGAAGAUGGAUUUGUUGCGCAAGGCUUACCAGAAGGCGAUUUGCAUUCCGAACGAGGCGGUCACUGCCCUUUGGAAGCAGUAUGACUCAUUUGAGAUGAGCCUCAACAAAGUCACCGGCCGGAGGUUCCUUCAAGAAAAGUCGCCCGCGUAUAUGACAGCCCGUAGCUCUAUCAUUGCUUUGGAGAACAUCACCAAGGACCUCAGGAGGACAACCCUGCCCCAACUACCGCCAGCUCUCGGCUUUGAGGGAGACGUGGAAUACGUGAAGCAAGUCGACAUCUGGAAAAAGUGGAUUGCCUGGGAAAAGGAGGACCCUCUUGUGCUCAAGGACGAGGACAUCUCGGCCUACAAGGCCAGAGUCAUCUACGUCUACAGACAGGCGCUCAUGGCAUUGCGAUUCUGGCCAGAAAUGUGGUUUGACGCUGCUGGAUUCUGCUUCCAGAACGAUAAAGAGACGGAAGGCAAUGACUUUUUGGCCAAAGGCUGUGAAGCCAAUCCCGAGAGCUGCCUCUUGGCUUUCAAGCGUGCAGACAGGAUCGAGCAGAUGACUGCUACCGAGGAGGGCGAGGAGAGCAUCAUCCGGCGUGGAGAAGCUGUCCGCGAACCUUACCAAAAGGCCUUGGACGCUUUGUACGCCCUCAUUCAGAAGACAAAGGCUCGCGAGACUACCACCAUUGAACGAAUCAAGGAGAAUUUUGCUCAGCAGAACCCAGAGUCGGAAGAGGAAAAGUCGGACGAGGAGGACGAUGAGGAGGAGGGUAACGACGCUAAUAAGGCCAAGGAAGCCGCUCUUCGUGCUCAGAUCGAUGCGAUUCAAAAGGGCAACGCCGCGCAGAUCAAGCUGCUCUCCAGGACCGUGUCCUUUGCUUGGAUUGCGUUGAUCAGAGCCAUGCGUCGGAUACAAGGCAAGGGCAGGCCUGGCGAGAGGAUAGGUGGUUUCCGUCAAGUCUUUGCCGACGCCCGCAAGGCAGGCCGUAUCACGAGCGACGUGUAUGUCGCCAGCGCUCUCAUUGAACAUCACUGUUACAACGACCCCGCGGCCACGAAGAUUCUGGAGCGUGGCAUGAAACUGUUCCCCGAAGACGAGGAGUUUGCGCUGGAGUAUCUCAAGCACCUUAUCGCGAAGAACGACAUCACCAACGCGCGCGCUGUCUUCAAGACUACUGUGAACCGAUUGGCGCAGAAGCCCGAGACCCUGUCCAAGGCGAAGCCGAUUUACGCCUUCUUCCACGAGUAUGAGUCGCAUUACGGCGAGCUGAGCCAGAUUACGGAGCUCGAGAAGCGCAUCGCGGAGCUCUUCCCCGAGGACCCCCAGCUGUCGCAUUUCGCGCGGCGCCACUCGAAACCGUCCUUUGACCCGACCUCGAUCCGGCCCAUCAUCUCGCCUCUUACGCAAGCGCGCCCCAAGCCGCCUCCAGGCCUGGAGCCGCCUCCGCAAGCGGCAGCGCCACCCCCGCCGGUGCCGGCGCCGCAGCCAGUGGUCGCGCCCGCGCCUGUCGUGCCGCAAUCCAUGCCGACGGACUCGCCGCGCCCGUUGCCCGCGCAGAUCGCGGCAGUGCGCGACUCGCCGAAGCGGCCGUACCCCGACGACUCGGACACGGACACGGCGGCGGCGCCGCGCAAGAUUGCGCGCGGCGAGUCGCCCCUCAAGGGCGCGGCGGGUCGGCGCCUUGCGGCUGCGACGCGCAAUGUGCGCGAGGGCGCGGGCGGCGGAAUGGGCCUCGGUGCUGGGGGGCAGCCGCCGGCGCCGCUUCCUCGCGACGUCACGUUCUUGCUGAGCAUUAUCCCGCGCGCGGACACGUACAACUCGGUGCGGUUUAUUCCCGAGCGCAUUGUCGAUGUGCUGCGGAAUGUGCAGUUGCCGGGCUCGUGGCCGCCGCCGACUCGGCAGGUUCCGCUGGGGUAUGGGGGCGGGGGGAUGGGUAUGGGUGGAGUUGGUGGGGCGCCUUAUUACCGCUAG